AUGGCAAACGAGUUUAAAGCACGGGCAUUAUACGACUUUCAAGGACAGGAUGAAAAUGAGUUAAGUUUUAAUACUAAUGAUAUUUUAACAAUUACAGCCACUGCCUCGCCUGGGAACGGGUGGUGGUACGCAAAAAAUAGUUAUGGAAAAUCAGGCGCAGUUCCUGAGAAUUAUCUUCAAACAAUCGUUGAUGAAACACCCGAACCAAGCGAGCCACCACCAAGUUAUACAUAUCCUGAUUUAUCUGUAUUAAAUGGUGGCGGUUACGGCUCCCAGAAUAAUUAUGCACCUCCUCAUAAUAUCCAUAACGAUCCAUUUGCAUGGUCACAAACGCCACAAUAUACAAAUACAAAUAUAAAUGAAGCUCCAUUGGCAUGGCAAUCAAGUACAAAUACAUCACAUCCGAGUUCCAAUAGCCCAACCGAAAAUGUCGUUCUCACCUCCGAACCAAUGUCUGCAUUUUCUGAUGAAAAUCAGACAUACAUACAGGUAUCCGAUCUAUCUAUUUCACAAGAAUUAAACAAAACACUUGAUACCCUCCCUUUGAAUGGCACCAAUUUCGAGGAGACUAAUGACUGGUAUUCUAGUGCAGAGGAUGUUCUACUUGAUCAUGGCGUACCACAAGCAUAUCAGAAUACAGAUUACUCUAAUCAAAAUAGAAACACAGAAUAUACCGGACAAGAAAGUCAUCUGGUAACAAAUAUGGUAGAGCAAAGACAUGAUCUAUGGAGUCCAGUUUCUAUGCACGAGCAGCAACUACAACAGUCAACUACAUCUAACGUCGACUUGUUUUCUCAAGAAGCAAUGUAUCCAGGGAAUAUAAGUUUGCAAUCAUCUGCAUUACCGUCAAAUUCCAAUCAAUAUAAUACAUUAUCAGGUUUAAAUAUAACAGAACCAACUCUAUUUCAAUCACAACAACCAUUUGUAACUUUUCCAUCUCAACCGACUAAAACAAAACCAUCCGAAUCAAAUUUGGAUGACGAUUACACUCCAAGAGGCUCAUCAUCAAAUUUGUCUGAAACAUUAUCAGCUACAUCUUUACCUCCGACACAAAAUACGGAAAAAAAAUCAAAAGAGCACAAACAAAAAUUUUUCACAUUAAAAAGAUCAAAAUCUAUCUCAAGUAAAACACAAUUAAAAUUGGAAGAAAGUUUUGAUGCAGCAACUACACCUAAACCAAAGAAAGAUACAGAUUCAGAUGAUAGUUUUAGUGAUACUGAAAAUCAACCACGGCCACACACCAGUUUAAAUUCUUUGCCCAAUACACAUUUGCAACCAAACCGGCCUAGUUCGGGCGAUUUAACAGCUAAACCUGCACCUCGAGCUCGGUUCGUGCUGAGCACAUUUUUUGAUCGUCAUGGUCUCGAUAGUUAUUUAUUGAAUGGUUUCAAAGCAAAAACAGAUGAACGUGUUGAUAUUGCUUUCAACGAACAUGAAGGAACUGUUUAUUGGGCAAAUAAUCCAUCUACUCCACCGUUUACAGUUAAAAUAGAAGAUCCGAUACGAUCAACAAAAUUAGCUGGUUUCAAAACUUUUAUGGAAUAUAAAAUUCAAGCACAAAGACCGGGCGGAAAAUUGGUAGGACGACGCUACAAACAAUUUGAUUGGUUACACGAUCAGUUAGUGUUAAAAUAUCGUUUUAUAUGUAUACCACCAUUGCCAGGCAAACAAAUUGCUGGACGAUUUGAACAAGAUUUUGUACAGGAACGUAAACGACUACUUGAACUAUGGUUAAAUAGAAUAUGUCGACAUCCUGUUCUUUGUGCCUCGUUUCCUGUACAACAUUUUCUUACGUGUGAAUUAUCAGAGAAAACUGUUAAAGAAUGGAAAGUUGGAAAACGAAAAAUUGAAAAAGAUGAAAUGAAAGAAGCACAAUGGCUUGCAUGUGUUAGUCUUGUUAGUACGGGACAUACAGAUCAACAAAUUAUGCAACAAAUUGAUCUAUUUGCUCAACAACAACCAUUAUUGGAAACUCAUUUGAGAAAUUUGAAUCAAGGUUUAACAAAAUAUUCUGAGCGUCACAUAGAAGUGUACGAGAGAGAUAUCCAAAAAGUUGGGGAGUUAUUUACUAAACUGCAUGGAGCAUUACAAGUCGAUGCAGAAACAAUUGGCAAUAAAGAUUUGUCGAGUUCUAUUCAGACGAUAGGAAAGUCGUAUGAUAAUAUUGCAGAAUUUUAUAAAAGUCAGGCUAAUGGUGGUUUACGAGAUUUUCUUGAACAUAUUCAAGAAUAUCUUGGUAUUGUACAAUGUUUUCCAGCUAUUUUAAGUAUUCAACGAAAUUCGGCCGAUUUUAUGAAAAAUAUUCAACAACGUUCACCAACUACGUCCGAUUUUAGCAAUGCAAUACAUCGUAAUCAUAUACUCAAUCAUGUUGUAUUAGCUGAAAUAAAUUUUUUUAAUCGUGAAAAAGUAAAAGAUUUUAAUCAAAUUAUGAAAACAUUAAUCGAACAACAAAUGAAAUUUUAUGAAGAUGUGAGUAUAAACAAAUUACUUCACAAUUAA